AUGGGACUUUGCAUUCUCAUUUCUUGUUUUUGCUAUCUCAGAUACUAUGCAUUUGAAGUUGAACAAGCAAAGACGUACCUGUUACGAAUCAUCAAAGCUGCACUCAAUGAUGAGCUGUUCUUUGCCAUUGCUGGCCACAACUUGACAGUGAUAGAAAUUGAUGCAGUCUAUAUCAAACCAUUUGCAUCUCAAGUGAUACUAAUUGCACCAGGACAGACAACGAAUGUUCUCGUUCAAGCCAACCAAGUGCCUGGAAGAUAUUUCAUGGCUGCCAGGCCAUUCAUGGAUGCACCCGUUUCCGUUGACAACAAAACUGCCACUGCAAUACUACAAAACAAAGGCAUUCCAAAUUCUGUACAGCCAGCCCUUGCUCAACUUCCAGCACUAAAUAACACAGCUUUCGCAUUGAACUACCAUGCCAGGCUAAGAAGUCUAAACUCAGCACAGUAUCCCGCAAAUGUACCUCUUAAAGUUGAUCGACAUCUUUUUUACACGAUCGGUUUAGGAAUCAACCCCUGCACAACUUGCCUGAAUGGAACACAGCUCACUGCUUCUUUAAACAACAUCACAUUUGUGAUGCCCCAAAUUGGGCUACUUCAGGCUCAUUAUUUAAACACCAAGGGGGUAUUUACCACGGACUUCCCAGACCGCCCUCCAAUACCUUUCAACUACACCUGUGCACCACUCACCGCCAACCUUGCCACCAAACUAGGCACUCGGCUUAACAAGAUUGCCUUCAAUUCAACAGUGGAACUGGUGCUACAAGACACUAAUCUUCUCACUGUGGAGUCUCAUGCAUUCCACCUCCAAGGUUACAAUUUCUUUGUUGUUGGGACUGGAAUUGGGAACUUCGACCCCAAAAAGGAUCCGGCAAAGUUUAACCGGGUGGAUCCUCAUGAAAGAAAUACAGUUGGUGUUCCCACCGGUGAUUGGACUGCCAUAAGGUUCAGGGCUGAUAAUCCAGGUGUGUGGUUCAUGCACUGUCACUUGGAGCUCCAUACUAGCUGGGGUUUGAAGACUGCUUUUGUGGUAGAAAAUGGGAAGGACUCGGAUCACUCUGUUUUUGCCUCCACCUAA